GCACUUCGGCGCGGCCCCAGUUCCCGGCGGCCCUCGCGGCAGGUUCCGGGCGUCAGGACAGUUCGUGAUGGCCAGGCCUGGUUCCGCCGCUGUGUCUGGGGCAGGGACCCCGGUGGCGGGGCCCACGGGCCGCGACCUCUUCGCCGAAGGGCUCCUGGAAUUCCUGCGACCGGCUGUGCAGCAGCUUGACUCUCACGUCCACGCCGUCAGAGAGAGCCAGGUGGAGCUCCGGGAACAAAUUGACAACCUAGCUACAGAAUUGUGCCGUAUUAAUGAGGAUCAGAAGGUGGCCCUGGAUCUCGACCCCUAUGUUAAAAAGCUACUUAAUGCCCGGCGGCGAGUUGUCCUGGUCAACAACAUUCUACAAAAUGCUCAGGAACGGCUGAGGCGGCUAAACCACAGUGUUGCCAAGGAAACAGCCCGCAGGAGGGCAAUGCUGGAUUCAGGAGUUUACCCCUCUGGUUCUCCAAGUAAAUGACAGGACAGAUGAGUUCAUGGCCUCAGGAUAGCACAAGUACUGUUCCCACCUGCCUUGCUUCAACAGACAUGCAAAGCUUCCAGGAGACAAUCCCUAUAGACCUUGGGACGUUAAAGGCAGCCCUAUGGUUUGUUUGAAGCACUUAGUCUUACCCAUUUAUGUAUGGGCCCAAAGAAAAAGGGCCCUGUGUGCAGCUGGACUGAGGUACCCAAAAAGGACUUAAUUGCAGCUCUUGCUUCCUUCCAUGAAUAAGCUGAGACCUCCACAUUUUUUUUACAAGCUACGCAUUAGAAGACUACCUUCUUCAAGCCUUGUUAACCACAGUGGGGCUUCCUUUGUUAUGUGCCUGGGCAGCACGCCCUCUACCUCUGACUUCUCAUUUUCCUUUGUUUACACUGAGGAUUUGGAGAGGGCAGGCAAAGUCAAGGUGAAUGACCUGUCCAGGCUUUUUUUCUUAUUGCACUGGCUUGAAUAUAGUAAAUAGCAGUGUUGCUAGAACCAUUUAAUUCAAUAAAUGCUUCAACAGUG